CUGAGCUCUGUGUGGUCUUUUAACUGUUGUGGAGUGGGCGGGAUCUAGGGUGGGGCUUGUGGGCCAGGGCUCAGGGCCCCCAAACAUUUUGUUGUACAGCCCGUGAUUUCUAAUGGAGGUCCUGGACUAGAAUUAGGCAAUGCCAGGUGUAUAGGGAAUGGUAUAAGCACCACCCAUAUAUAAUGCUCGUUUUUUUUACAAAGGUAACAACAUAUUGAAACUGUGAAACCACAUUCACUUCCUUUCUAAAGCCAUGAUGUAAAGUCGCCAUGAUUCAUUCAUAAUCUUCCUAUGUUUAACUUGCUGGCUUCUCAACUCCGCCAUUGAAACAAGUCACGCUUUAUAUAUAUCCCCACAUUCCUCUUCGAUGUUACGUCGGUGGUUUUAGUCAUUUCCCACAUUGCCAUUCUCUAUUCCUCGCAGCCAUUCGUUCUCUACGAGUUUUGUCGUCAGUUUGUAUUUUCCCUCCACACACAGCUGUCAGCCUUGUCUGUAUCUCUUGUAUCGGCUCCAUUAGCACAGCUCUGUGAGGGAGGGGCCCACGUUCCCAUACAGGCAUUGUAUCGGCUGCACCCUCCUCUCCCCGCACUUAUUACACAUGAGUCUAUCCCUCCUCCCUAUAGUGACACACAAACUUCUGCUGCUCCUUCCCUACUGCAAUGCCUGCCUGGGAAUCCCGACCCUGAGUCACACGUCUAACCGGGACCUUAUAAAAGCUUCUUAACCCCUGCACCGUCGCAGCAGUCCCAUUCAGCCCCGGAAAUAGUUAAACAGAGCAGGACAAUCCAGCCCAUCCUGAGAGACCUGCCUGUGGCUUCCUCAUUCCACCUCUCCCCUCCCUUUAGUCACACUCCCCUUCCUACUGCUCUCUUGGGAAACUACCUGGAUAAUAAAAAGAAAAGCUUCAUUUCUUUUUUAGAUUUUUUUCUUUUCCAGUUGUUUACAAAAACUUUUCAUAAACUUUGUAAGAAUUUGGGACCCAGGUGGCCAUCCACCUGCAUUCGGUGCCUUCUUAAUUAAGGACUGAAGCUAAUUAAUGAAACAGUUGCACUUGCUUUCCUUCAUGGAGUAAAAACAUAAUCAUGGAGCAUGCUGAGCGUAAACUAUAACCAUUGCACCUGUUGCUCCCAGGAAACAACAGCAGCAGCAGAACAGACUGACACUUUGUGUGCAGGGAUUUGGCAGCCUCCCUCUCUUUUAUUCUUAACCCUUUGACGUUUCAUUUUUUUGCAAAUCAGAAAGGAAUAAAAUGAAAGUAACCGUUUGCUUUGGGAAGACUGGAAUUGUGGUUCCUUGUAAAGAUGGAAAGAUGAGCGUGAGAGACCUAAUUCAGCAGGCUGCCCAGAGAUUCAUCAAAGCCAAAGAAAAAGAGCCAGGGUACUGGGUAAAGGUCCAUCACCUAGAAUACCAAGAUGGAGGUAUCUUAGACUCUGAUGAUGUGGUAGCAGAUGUUGUUGAAGACAAGGAUAAGAUAAUUGCUGUGUUUGAUGAACAUGAAGCCCCAAACACAAAAGAAGAUGAAUUAUCAGCUCAGCUUUCUGCCUUCCAGCCACUUAGAGGAGAAGUCGAUGUCACAUCCUCUGCUUUGCAAAUAGGAACUCCUUUAUUAGUGAGAAGGAGCAGUGACCCAACUGUGGUACCAGUGACUGAUUUUCACCCGUCUUCUGCCGAGCACAAUGUAACUGAUUCAGCACAGGGAUUGUCCAGAGUACUAGCACCAGAUGAACAGAAAGAUCACAACUGGCGGGAUGAACGUCCUGGAUUACAGAAGCCUCCAUAUAAAAUUAGAGAAAUCACUAGAAAGAUAGAGAUUUCGGGAAGUGGGGGAUCACUAGGCAUCCAUGUUGUGCCUUUCUUUUCUUCUCUUAGUGGAAGAGCUCUGGGGCUGUAUAUUCAAGAAAUUGAAGAGAGCAGCCGUUCGAAGCGUGAGGGUUUAUUCCAAAAAAAUGAAUGCAUUGUGAAAAUCAACAACAUGGAACUUAUAGACCGAUCGUUUACAGAAGCACAAGAUAUUUUCCGACAAGCAAUGAAGCAACAAAAUGUGCUGGUGGAAACUGUGCUGCCAGAAAAUCGGGACUUGUUUGAAAAGUCUGUCAUCUCUUCACUGUUUGUAUUGGAUGAUGAUAUUGAUGAGGUUCCUGACAUAAAACCACCUCCUCCUCCCACUGUAAAUCGAACUGUUAAAAUGGUAGAGCAGAAUAAUGGAGUUGAGUCUGCUGGAACCAAAAUACUUCAUCCACCUCUUAGUCCAAACCAAAUAUCAACAGGUAGCAAGUUUUCUUCACCAUCGCUCUCCCCUUUGGUGUUUGGAAACGAGAAAAAUGCCAAGAAAAUAAGAAUCGAUCUAACAAAAGGUGUGGAGGGCCUUGGAUUCACAGUUGUUACCAGGGAUUCGACUGUGCAUGGGCCUGGGCCUAUUUUCGUGAAGAAUAUUUUGCCAAAAGGAGCUGCAGUUAAGGAUGGGCGGCUUUUGUCUGGAGACAGAAUACUGGAGGUGAAUGGGAAGGACGUUGCUGGAAAGACUCAAGAGGAGCUGGUAGCCAUGCUCAGAAGUACAAAGCUUGGAGAGAGCGUCUCAUUAGUGGUGGCCCGGCAGGAUGAAACCUUUUUACCACGUGAACUGAAGGGAGAGACAGAAAAUCUUGUAUUUCCCCCGGACAACACGGCUCAGAUGACAUUUGAGAUACCACUGAAUGGUACUGGUUUAGCUGGACUGGGAAUAAGCAUGAAAGGAAACAAAUCCAGAGAAACAGGCACAGACCUGGGGAUAUUUAUUAAAUCUAUCACACAUGGAGGAGCAGCCUUUAAGGAUGGCCGCCUAAGAGUGAAUGACCAGCUCAUUGCUGUAAAUAGAGAAAGCUUAUUGGGGAAGUCAAAUCAAGAAACUAUGGAAAAGCUACGGAGGUCUAUGUCUAUGGAGGGAAAUAUACGUGGAAUGAUACAGCUGGUUAUCCUUCGUAGACUAGAUUGGCAAACAGAGGAGCGAUUAGAAACUGUUCAGAAAAAUGCUGUAAGGAAUCUUGCUGUCUCUGAACAAAAUGGUGUACAAGAGAAGCUGAAAGAUUCAUCGAGAUUUAAUUAUAAGAAUCCAGAGAACAAAAUUCCAACCCCUAUCCCACCUUAUCCAAAGGAGCAUAUAAUUGCUGAAUUCCCUAAACUUAGGAAUGUAGCAGAAUCUCAAUCGACCGAUUCACUGAACAUAAAAGCAUCAAGAAGCAUGGACAUAGGGUCUCCCAGGAAAGACUUGGGGCCACGUCUGGGUCUUAAAAAAUCCAGUUCUCUUGAGAGUCUGCAGACUGCCUUUGCAGAAGUCAAUAAAAAGGAGCUUCCCAUCUACAGAUCCAGACCCCACAUGGUCCGUGGCAGAGGAUGCAAUGAAAGCUUCCGGGCUGCUAUUGAUAAAUCCUAUGAUGGACCAGAGGAAGAAGAAGAGGAUGCCCUCUCCGAUCUCAGCUCUCACUCUGGCCGGGAAUCCCCUAACACUGAAUCAGUUCCAUUAGGGAAUCAGGAGACAGGAGAUCAGGAUACCAAUAAAUCUAAAAAAGAAAAGAAAAAGAAAGAUGCUAAAAAAGAAAAGACUAAGACAAAGGGGAGAGAAAAUAAUAAAAAGGAUGAUGGAGAAGAACAGGAGAAGAAAGCAAAGAAAAAGGGCUUCGGUGUUUUGGGCAGGCUUAUUAAGAAGAAAGAAGAGAAAGGGAACCAAAAGCAAAGCACGCUGAAAGAGGAGGAAAAUGAAGUUGAAAAAAUGAUAGAAGAACGUGAAAGAAUUAACAUAAAGCACCAAGAAUUACGAGAACAGCAGGCCAAGACUUUACUUGGCUAUAACUGGAGUCAUGACAUGGAAGAUGAUGAUAUGGACCCUAAUUAUGCCAAAGUAAACCAUUUUCAAGACACCCCACCGCACUAUAAUGCACGCCGUCCUUAUUCUCUUCCAAAAACUUUCCCUCCAAGUUAUCCAUGGGAGAGCCAAGUACUGCCAGAGAGAGAGACCCCUCAAGACCCUUAUGCCAAGAUAAAUAAAAAGCAGCAGGCACCAGAUAAAUCUAACAGGUAAUACCUACUACCAAAUAUAUCUUGGAAUUCUGUAGGUCUUGGCGCUCAUUAAAGAAAGUCGUAGAAUAAAAAAUAGCUAUAAUUACACAUUAUUUCCUUCCCUUUCCUGCUGUGAAGCAGCAAGGCAAUUCAAUUAGGUUUUAGAAAAGAGGAACAGUGGCAUCUUCAUGCAUGAUCUAAGCUCGGCUUCACUCAUUGACCUUAACACUUUCCAGUAUCCGAGUGAGUAUAAAGCCUCGGCAUACAAUCUGUGUGGCCUUGUGAAUUGAGUUAAUGAUUUUGGGAGAUAGACAGAAAAUACAAAAGUCAGGCAAUCAGUGGGGCUGACAUAAAAUUCGGGCACCCUGUAGUGAUCCCUUCUGUCACAUGGAGUCUGUAAAUUUAGCAUUUUCCUGCCCUUACUCUGUUGGUGACUCCAUAUGUUAAUGCUGGACUUGCAAUGCUGGGGGUCUUAAUUAAAAAGAAACUCUAUUCAACGUAAAGCAACAAUGUAGAAAUAAAGACACUGUACCUUGCCUGUUGGCGAUAGCUGCCACUGAAAUGGGACCAUAUUCUGCAGACUCCUAGGGACAGGAACCAUUAGUCUUUCAAGUGACAUGCAAGGGGUUAAAGCCUGAGCUGUGAAAUCUAUAAGAUGCAUAAAGUUUACAAUGAUUUGUGGUAUUUUCUGUCUCCAUUAAAACUCUCCAUGAUUCUUUAGAAAGAAAUAAAAGCAGCCGUGUGGAAAAAAAAAAAAAAAACCCAGCACUUCAUUCACCGCUGCUGAAUUGAUUCGAUUCUUUUGAGCUUUAUCCUGCUAAGCACAUACCCAUUUGUGGAUAUUUAUAAAGAGCCAACAAAAGACUUGAUUUUUCUGCAUGAUAAAAAUGACCACGUCGAAGAAUCAACCUUUAUACUCUCAGCAGCUGGAAAUCUACCUCUGUUAAGCCUUAGCCAUUCAUCUGCUAAUUCUCAGGUUAAAUGUGUGCUCAUUCACAAUCUGUACAGAAAUAUCUACAUUAAUUCAUUAUAGUAUUUAAAUUUGCUGAUUAAUUGGUUGCACUUGGGGAAACGGUAAUGACCACUUCAAAUGCUAUUUUGCUCUAAUAGCACACUGUGGGUUAAUUGUCAUUCCAGUAAUAAUACGCUACCAAGUGCAUCGUUUUUAAGUUAAUUAUGUUAUCUAUAAUAUAGCUAUACAAAGACCAUUGUGUGUAAUUAAUGUAUUAAGUUGGAUCUUUGCAAAUGACACCUGAUUCUUUCCUAUAAAGAAAAUGGGUUAAUUAAAUUGUGCCUUUUGGUAAA